GUUGACAUCCGCGCCUUCAUGGAGCGUGUGACAUCGCUGGGUUCCUACCGAGAGUCGCUGCAGCAGUACCUUGUUGAAAAAAUGAUGCUCGUUGCGCCAAACUUGACGGAGCUGAUGGGACAAAACAUCGGUGCGAAGCUCAUUUCAAAGGCGGGCUCACUGACAAACCUCGCCAAGGCGCCUGCCAGCACCAUUCAGAUCCUUGGCGCCGAGAAGGCACUUUUUCGCGCCCUCAAGAAACGUAAGGGCAACACACCGAAAUACGGGCUUAUCUUUCACUCGACAUUUAUUCAGCGCGCAGCGAAGGAGCACCGCGGGAAGAUCUCACGCUAUCUCGCCAACAAGGCCGCCCUUGCCUGCCGCAUUGACUGCUUCAUGGAAACUCCUCCGGCUGUCUUUGGUGAGAAGCUGCGGGAACAGGUGGAGGCGCGGUUGAACUUCUUCGACACGGGCAACAGGCCGCCAACAAACAUGGUCGCCAUGGCCGAGGCACUCGAGCAAUACCAGAAAAUCCUCCGCAAGCGCUCCAAGAGGCAACGCGAAGCCCAGGCCGCAGCAGGAGGCAAUGGUGAUGACGAGGUUAAGCAGGAAGUGCCAAAGAAGAAACGUGCACGCCGUGAGGAGGUGCAGUAA